GCUCCGGGGCAGGUUCCCCGGCUUCCGGUCCCCCUCGCUGAGGGGAGGGGUGCGGGGUUGGUUGUUAAAGUGCUAUGACAACGGGCGCAAAGAUGGCCACCGAGGCUGGCGGAGCGGGGCAGCUGGUACCACCGGCAGCCUCCCGCUGAGCAGCCGCAACCGUCUCCCUCGUCCACCCCGCACCCUGUCCCGUUCCGUCCGCGGGGCUGCGAGUGGGGAGGGCUAAGCCAGCUGGUGCCUGCGGUUGCCGCCUGUUGAUCCUCGUCCUUGGGGACCCGCUGAGCCACAGGGCUGGGCCGGCGGCUUCGCGGGGAUCCGCACCUCUCUGCUUGCGCACACCCCUAGUGUAGACGCAUCCUCCGCCGUGGCUGCUGGCCAGUUUCCAGCGCAGGUACUUGCGGGUACAGAGGCCCCUGCUUUGACGGGUCUGCGUGAAGGAGAAUGUCUUUAUUUAAAGCCCGAGAUUGGUGGUCAACAACUCUUGGAGAAAAAGAAGAAUUUGAUCAAGGGUGUUUAUGUGUAGCUGACAUUGACAACAGCGGCAGUGGACAAGCUAAAAUAACUGUUGGUAGUUAUAUGGGAUAUCUUCGAAUCUUUAAUCCUCACCCUGUCAAACCUGGAGAUGGAAUGCAAGCUGAAGAUUUGCUCCUUGAAGUUCAACUGCGAGAUCCCAUACUCCAAGUGGAAGUAGGAAAAUUUGUUUCUGGUACUGAACUACUUCAUCUGGCUGUACUGCAUUGCAGAAAACUGUGUGUGUAUGCUGUCUCAGGAACUUUGGGAAAUGUGGAACAUGGGAACCAGUAUCAGAUCAAACUUAUGUAUGAACACAAUCUUCAGCGAACAGCCUGCAAUAUGACUUAUGGACCAUUUGGUGGUGUGAAAGGUCGAGAUUUGAUAUGCAUACAGUCCAUGGAUGGCAUGCUUAUGUUGUUUGAACAGGAAAGCUAUGCUUUUGGUCGAUUUCUACCUGGUUUUCUUCUGCCUGGUCCGUUAACUUACAGCUCUCGAACAGAUUCCUUCAUUACAGUCUCUUCCUGUCAACAAGUUGAGAGCUACAAGUACCAAGUGCUGGCCUUUGCAACAGAUGCUGAUGAAAGACAGGAGACAGAGCAGCAAAAACUGAGUUCUGGAAAAAGGCUUGUUAUGGAUUGGGUUUUAAACAUUGGAGAGCAAGCGCUGGAUAUAUGUGUUGUAUCCUUUAAUCAGACCUCCUCUGUUUUUGUGCUUGGUGAGAGAAAUUUCUUUUGCCUUAAGGAUAAUGGGCAAAUUCGAUUCAUGAAAAAACUUGAUUGCAGUCCAAGUUGCUUCCUUCCUUAUUGUUCAGUAUCUGAAGGAACAAUAAACACUCUGGUUGGAAACCAUAAUAGCAUGUUGCAUGUUUAUCAAGAUGUGACAUUGAAGUGGGCCACUCAGCUUCCCCAUACUCCUGUAGCAGUAAAAGUGAGCAAUUUACAAGAUUUGAAAGGUGUUAUAGUUACUCUGAGUGACAAUGGACACUUGCAGUGUUCCUACCUUGGUACCGAUCCUUCUCUGUUCCAGGCUCCUAAGGUUGAAUCUAGGGAAAUAAACUAUGAAGAACUUGACAGAGAAAUGAAAGAGCUUCAGAAAAUCAUCAAGGAGUCCACAAAAACACAAGAUAUUUUGCCCAAAUCUGAAAAAGAUUACGAUGAUUUGAGAAUCACGGCAGAAGUUUCACCUGACUUGGAUGUAGUAUCUCAAGCCAUUGACAGUGAGGUGAAAGUGGAGGCAGUUCCUUCAGUCACAGUAAAGAUCACACUACAGAGCAGAUUGGCUGUGCAGAAAACAAAAUUAUCAAUAUGUGUACAACCUCCUUUAGCACUGACCCAUGACCAGUUCAUCUUUGAUGAUAUAGAGUCGUGCAGAUCUAAAGCUGUAGCUCUGUCUGUCUUUCUGAAGGGGAAUUGUCCACCAGCAGAGCUGGAAGGAAAUGCUGUGGCUUCCUAUAGUAUGCCCACAGAUCUCAAUCCUGAAGGAAUACCAAGAGUUGCUCAGUGUAAAUUUAGACUACCCUUGCGGUUAAUUUGCUUUCCAGCUCAACCUUCAAAAACAGCAAACCACAAACUAACUAUUGAUACCAAUAAAUCUCCUGUCAGUCUUGUGAACCUUUUCCCAGACUUUGCUGAUCAGUCUGAUGAAGAUCAGGUAAAUGUUCUGGGAUUCCAGUUCUUAACUGGUUCUAGAAUCACUCUUCUUGCUUCAAAAACCUCACAGCGAUAUAGAAUCCAGAGUGAACAAUUAGAAGACCUUUGGCUAAUCACAAAAGAACUCACUUUUCGUCUUGAAGAACAUUUCAAGAAGCAAAAUAGCAAAGACUUCACUUGUACCUUUUCUGGUGCAGUUCCUUUACAAGAAUAUUUUGAACUAAUUGAUCGCCAUUUUGAGCUUCGCUUGAAUGCUGAAAAAUUUGAAGAACUGUUGUCUGAAAGAGCCAUACAAUUUAGAGCUAUUGAACGACGAUUACUAACUCGAUUCAAAGACAAAACACCUGCUCCCCUUCAACAUCUGGACACCUUGCUAGAAGGAACUUACAGACAGAUAAUAGCUCUAGCAGAUGCGGCAGAGGAAAACCAAGCCAAUAUGUUCCAAGCAUUCACAAAGUUGAAAAGUGCCACCCAGCUGGUGAUUAUGUUGAUUAGUCUGUGGCAGAAACUCAGUACUGACCAAGUUGCUAUUCUGGAAGCUACGUUUUUGCCAUUAAUGCAGGAUACCCAAGAGCUGGGUUGGGAAGAAAGCGUGGAUGCUGCUAUCUCUCAUUUGCUGAGAACAUGUCUGUCCAAGAGCUCUAAAGAACAGAUCCUGACUCUCACCAGUCAGUUGAGUAUACCCAAAGAUACUAUCAGGCUGAAGAAACACAUCACCUUGCUCUGUGAUAGAUUGGCCAAAGGUGGUCGCCUAUGUUUAGGUACAGACACAAAUAUUCAGCAAACUAUGGUCAUGCCAGGUGGCUGUACUCCCAUUCCAGAAUCUGAUCUGGAGGAAAGGACAGGUGUACAGGAUUCCACAACGUUUACCAGCCACAGGCACCUCACAAAGCAGAAAUCCAAAACUGAUUUUCCGCAGGGUGCACUAGAGGAAGCAGAAAAGCCAUGAAAAUCUGAAGAAGAUUCUCGAGGAUUUUUCUAUCUUAUGUCAAAAGCAUUUACAAUGCAGCUGUACC